AAUAUGACAUUCCGUUUGACACACUGACAGUUGUGCGGGCUGUGCGAGAUUUAUAAAAAAAAACGUUUAGCAACCUUUUUCCGACUAAAUUCUAAUUUGAAGAGCAGAAAAAUGAGUGAAAGUGAAUCCGAAGAUAGUUCCAGCACGAGCAGCGAAGACAGUCCUGAUGAGAUGGUGGAGGAAAGUACAUCUCCAAAAAAACAGCAUGACGAUGAGCCGAAAGAACCUGAUGAGAAGGUGGAUGAAAGUACGUCCAAAAAAAUACAACCAGACGAUGAUCCGAAAGAGCCUGAUGAGAAGGCGGAUGAAAGUACAUCAAAAAAAAGACAGCAUAACGAUGAUGCAGAAGAACCGGCCGAAUCCGAUGACGAAUGGAUUGGUCCUAUGCCUACCGAAGCCGCUGCUGCUCCUGCCAAAAAGAAGAAGGUGCUCCAUUACGAAAAACUUUAUUUGGAAAAUCUGCCCAGUUCAGAGUGCUACGAAAAGAGCUACAUGCAUCGCGAUGUGAUCACUCAUAUCGUGGUGACGAAAACGGAUUUCGUUAUAACAGCUAGCAUUGAUGGUCACGUCAAAUUUUGGAAGAAAAUGGAGGAGGGAAUUGAAUUUGUCAAGCAUUUCCGAAGUCAUUUGCAACCGAUCAAUGCGCUAACAACAAAUCCGAAUGGAACGUAUCUGGCCACAGCUUCAGCCGACAAAAGUAUGAAGGUUUUUGAUGUCAUCAACUUUGAUAUGAUAAACAUGAUCAAACUGGAUUAUAUUCCAAUGUGCGCUGAGUGGAUACAUUCGGCAGGCGAUGCCAUUGCAAGCAUAGCUGUAUCCGACCACGAUUCGGCAAAGAUUUACAUCUACGAUGGCCAAGGAACCAGCACUCCUCUACACGUUCUUGAAAAACUCCAUACGAAACCCGUUUGUAUGAUACGGUACAAUGUAACAUUUGAUGUGGUUGUCUCUGUCGAUCAAGCAGGAAUUCUAGAGUACUGGACUGGUCCCAAACAGGACUAUAAAUUCCCAUCGAAGUUGGUGUCAUUCGAAUCAAAGUUGGAUACGAGCUUGUAUGAAUUCGCUAAAAGCAAGACGAUUGUUAGUGGCCUGGCCUUUUCGAACGAUGGGAAAAAAUUUGCAACUCUCUCUACAGACCGGAAAGUCCGUGUCUUCACAUUCCUCAGCGGCAAACUGAUUCGUGUAUUCGAUGAAACCCUAGCCCGUUACUCCGACAAGCAGCAUACGAAUCAAGCGAUUCCCAACAUGGAAUUUGGACGAAGAAUGGCUAACGAAAGGGAUCUAGAAAAAUCAGAUUCCUUGGUUCACUCGAACAUUGUGUUCGACUGCAGCGGACAUUUUAUAAUUUACUCAACAAUGGUCGGGGUAAAAAUGGUCAACAUAACAACCAAUCGAUGCGUUCAGAUCAUUGGAAAGGGCGACAAUUUGCGACCUUUACAUGUUGCACUGUUUCAGGGUCGAGCGAAACGAUCGAAGGCAGCAAUAACACUCGAGCAAGAGGCGUCACACAAUCCAACGCUUCAGUCGCAGAGCAGUGAUCCAACAAUAUUUUGCACAGCAUACAAAAAGCAGCGAUUCUAUUUGUACUCAAGACGGUUACCAUCAGACUUACAGGAUAUCGACAGAGAUGUGUUCAACGAGAAACCAUCCAAAGAAGACAUUAUUGCUGUACCUGAAGGACAAGAAGGUGUCCAACGUAUCUACAAUUCGGCAACCAUACACACCACUCAUGGAGACAUUCACAUGAAACUAUUCGCAUCCGAAUGUCCGAAAACCGUGGAAAAUUUCUGCGUCCACAGCAAGAAUGGUUACUACAACAAUCACAUUUUCCAUCGUGUGAUCAAAGGUUUCAUGAUACAAACUGGUGAUCCUACAGGAACUGGCACGGGUGGCACGUCCAUUUGGGGCGGAGAUUUUAAGGACGAGUUCGUUUCGACGCUAAAACAUGAUCGACCAUAUACCGUUAGUAUGGCGAACGCAGGAGCAAACACAAACGGAAGUCAAUUCUUUAUAACUGUAUUGCCCACGCCUUGGUUGGACAAUAAGCAUACGGUGUUCGGUCGCGUCAUCAAAGGAAUGGAAGUGUGUCAAAACAUUUGUAAUUCAAAGACCAAUCCCAAAACGGACAAGCCUUACGACGAUAUAAAAAUCAUUUCAAUAAAUUUAAGUUGAAAAUGUUGUAUGAGCACACGAA